AUGCCAUCCUUCACCCUGGCCCUGUGGCUCGGGGCUGCCGCCAUUGCGGCGGCCGGCUUGAUACAGGGGGAUGGCUACGUGCACGCCGGCGUCAGAGAGAUUAACCUCGGGCCACACCUCCAAAGGCGUCAAUACUCGCAGAUUUCACUCAUUGUUGACACGGGCUCAUCAGAGCUCUGGGUCAAUCCCGAUUGCGCUACAUCGGGCGACCAGGACUCUUGCUCACAGGGCGGCACCUUCGACCCCAGAAAGAGUUCGACGCUCGUCGACACGGGGGAAAGCAAGUCCCUUUUCUACGGCAGCGGCAAUGCCACGGUCGAAUAUGUCGUUGACACGGUCACAAUUGGAUCCGCCACGGUGAAGCAGCAGAUUCUCGGCAUCGCUCUCGAGUCCGACAAUAUCAACUUUGGACUCAUUGGAUUCGCGCCCGCGACGGAUGGACAGGCUGACUACCCCUAUCUUCUCGAUACGCUCGUGAAAGAGGGUGUCAUCAAGAGCCGCACUUUCAGCCUCGACCUCCGGGGAUCCGACGAGCCCACGGGUGCCUUGAUCCUCGGCGGCAUCGACACGAGCCGGUUCACAGGCCCCCUCGUCAAGAUCCCCAUCAUACCCGUGAGCCAGACUCCCUUGCGCACUGACCGUUACUGGGCCGUUCUGACGGGCGUUGGCCUCACGGGUCCCGACGGCACGACCGACAAAUCCGCCGCGUUUCAGGUGCCCGUCUUUUUGGAUUCGGGUACGACCGUCACGCGUCUCCCGUCGCGUCUCUUCGAAGCCUUUGGCGAAGAGCUCGGAGGCGAGUACGACCCCCAGAACAAGUGGUUCGUCGUCGACUGCAGCGCGCGAAAUCUCAGCGCCACGGUCGACUUUUACUUUGAUGGCAAGACAAUCCAGGUCCUGCUCAAGGACUUCAUCGUCCAAAUCGACGCCACGACGUGCAUCGCUGGCGUCUUCCCCGACGACCAGGAGCCAACUCUGGGCGCCAACUUUCUCAGGGCCGCCUACGUUGUCUUCGACCAGGACAACCGCAACAUCCACCUGGCCCAGGCCGCCAGCUGCGGGUCGGGCCCAUCCAUCCAGUCGAUUGGAUCCGGCUCCAGCGCGGUGCCCUCCGUAACGGGCCAGUGCACUUCCGGCGCCGCCCUACCCACAGUCGGAACUACCGUCACAACCGGGCUUGACGCCACCGGGACGCGCGCACUCACCAAGACGUAUACGGGACCGGCCAUCACGGCGUCAUUGGGCGGCGGACCGGGCCCAGCCUCGACUGGCGGGUCUCUCACGGCAGCUCCGACUGCCACUGCUUCUUCUGGAGGCGGCGGACCGAAUGCCCUCAGCAAGUUUUUGAGCGAUAAGGCUUCGACAACCGCUUCUGCCAGUCCGACCUCGACUUCCAAGGCGGCUGGUACUCGUGCUGGAGUGGGCGCAGGAAUGGCCGCUGUUGGUAUGAGUUUUGUGGUAGCCUACGUCCUUUAGUGGGUUAGGAAAAGCAACCUAUGGGCCGCC